AUGGUUUCUCUUAUCGUUGGGGUGGUCGGAGCUCUCCUGUACUGCGCGAUCUGUCUGACUAGAGUCUAUGCUAUCGGCCAAGAGAAUUGUGUUUCCUUCGAGUCCGACCCGACCUCGUUCUCAGUGGUCAGCGGCGGAUCUGUUGCGCCAAUCUAUCUUUCCGAGGAUGAAUGGCCUGGUGUUCAGCGGACUGCUUUCGACUUUGCUUCUGACAUCGAGAAAGUGGCUGGAAAGACACCUCGCCUAUUAAAUGUCACGUCGGACGUGAAAGCAUCACUACCUCCGAUAAUCGUUGGCACUCUUGGAAAGUCAUCCCUGAUUAAUGCUAUCGUAAAUCACACACAGCUUGACGUGACAUCUGUUUCUGGCCAGUGGGAGUCCUUCAUGACAAGAGUGGUUGAUAACCCACUCCCUGGUGUUGGAAAAGCGUACGUGAUAAUUGGAGCUGAUAAGCGUGGUACAAUCUAUGCGAUGUACGAUCUCUCAGAACAAAUUGGUGUCUCACCGUGGUAUUGGUGGGCAGAUGUCCCGACGACUAGAAACUCUGAAAUCUUCUUUUUAUCCUCAGGUUGUUCACAUGGAUCACCGACUGUGAAGUAUAGGGCAAUAUUUUUCAAUGACGAACAGCCUGCCCUGCAGAACUGGGCCAUGGAGAAGUUCACUAAUGGCACAGGAGCACCACUGACCAACUCCCCUUUCAAUCAUUUCUUCUAUACAAAAGUGUUUGAGCUCAUUCUGCGCCUAAAGGGAAACUUCUUGUGGCCGGCUAUCUGGAGCAGUGCCUUCGGCGUUGAUGACCCGCAAAACCAACCACUAGCAGACUGGUACGGGAUCGUCAUGGGCACAAGGCAUGUUUUGGACUCGGGUAGGAUGCAUUGUUUACUGACUGCUUUGCCAUCAAUUAGUCACGAAGAGCCUAUGAUGCGUUCAAUCCCUGAAGAGUGGACACUGUUUGGGGUCGGACCAUGGAACUAUUCCACGAAUUCGGAAUUCAUCUAUAAUUUCUGGGUUAAUGGCACGGAGCGAGCUAAGCCAUAUGAGAACAUCUUUACCGUGGGAAUGCGAGGCGAUGGUGACCUGCCACUGUCCGAAACAACGAAUAUUGACUUAUUGGAAAAGAUCAUUUCUGAUCAGCGUCAGAUUCUGAUGACUGUCUUUAAUGAGACAGAUGUUACGAAUAUACCGCAAGUGUGGGCACUUUACAAGGAGGUCAUUGGUUACUAUGAUGACGGUAUGCGCGUGCCGGAUGAUAUCUCUUUGCUUUGGAGUGAUGACAACUGGGGGAACAUGGUCCGCCUCCCGAUUCCUGAUGAGUUCAAUCGAACGGGCGGUGCAGGUGUCUACUAUCAUUAUGACUAUGUUGGCGAUCCGAGAGACUACAAGUGGAUUACGACAUUCGACCAGCUCUCCCAAGCCGUCGAGCGCCAGGCUACUCGCAUUUGGGUAGUCAAUGUCGGAGACCUCAAACCUUACGAGCUCAAUAUCGAGUUCUUUUUCAGCUAUGGUUGGAACUCUUCGCGAUGGUCCUUCAAUAAUCUCGACAAGUUUGUGUCAUCGUGGGCUCAGCGCGAAUUUGAUGUGUCGCCGUCCGUUGCGGAAGACAUCGUAACGAUUAUGACAAACCUUACCAGGUGGAAUAAUCGACGGAAACCUGAGCUACUCAACGGCACGACUUUCAGCCUGACGGAUUACAGAGAAGCGGAGAAUGUCAUCACGGGAUGGAGCGCCCUUCUCAAUGUGUCGACUGGAAUUUACAACAGCCUGACCUCAGAGUUUCGACCUGCAUUCUUUGAGAUGGUACAGCAUCCUAUCCUUGCAGGCUCCACCCUCUCGAAGAUGUGGAUCGCUCAAGGUCUGAAUAACUUGCAUGCAUCGCAAGCCCGACUAAGCACGAACAAUCUUGCGGAUGAGGUCGAAGAACUUUUCGAGCAAGAUUACUCGAUCGAGUUGAAAUAUCACCAUCUCCUAGACGGCAAAUGGGACCAUAUGAUGGAUCAGACUCAUACCGAGUAUUUUUAUCGAAGACAGCCAAUGGCCGAUAUAAUGCCUCCUAUUGCGCGUAUGCGAAAACAAAAGCAGUCAAUACCUGGCCCAAUGAGGGUUUCUCCAGAGGGUACUGGGCAAGCAUGGCCUGGCCCAAAUCUGUUGUCAUGCAGUAUGAGUGAUACGUGUCCCACGGCAGUUAUCUCUUUGGAUCCAUAUGUUCCAUUGAAUUCGCGUUAUAUCGAUGUCGGUGCCGGUGGUCCCUCACCCUUCACGUUUACUGCGACAUCAAAUGUUUCUUGGCUGACACUUACACCGGCCGAGGGCUCCGUUUCACCGUCAAAUCCGGAAGUGCGUGUCGAGGCUACCGUUGACUGGAGUCAAGUAGAUGGGUCGCAGGCAGCUCAGAUUAAUUUCAACGCUAGUGCUAACGGACAAAUGCCGAUGAGUGUACCUGUCUUCUUCGUUGCGAAUCGUACCGUUGCUCCGCAAGGAUUUAAAAGUUUCGUGGAAGGAGAUGGAGGAGUCUCCAUCGAGGCAGCUCAUGCGUCUCGGAACACUACCGUAUCAAAUAUAACUUGGACUGAACUGCCUGGAUACGGAAAGACGCUCUCCGGAGUCACACCUUGGCCAAGGACAGGGAACAACUUCGGGAACUUCACCGCUGGCUCAGGUCCAAGCAUUGAAUAUGAUUUCUAUAACUUCAAUACCAUCAAUGGAACAGGAAAUGUCUCUGCAACUGUCCUCGUUUCACCCACGCUGAACUUCAUGGGUCCAGAUAGGCCUAUCAAGGUUGCUGUACAAAUGGAUAGCCAGUCUCCACAAACGGUGGCAUUCAUUCCUUCCGCACCUCCGGGUCAACUCCCUCCGCAAUGGGACGGUGACGAUGGCUUUGUGGCGAAUGCCAUUGUAAACGUUGUUACGAGCUGGUCUGCCCCACCUGGUGCGCAUACACUCAAGCUUUGGAUGGUUGAGCCGGCUGUCAUUGUGCAGAAGAUAGUUAUUGACACCGGUGGUGUCCGUCCAAGUUAUCUUGGUCCCCCAGAGAGCAUCCACUUGUGACGAAUCAAAUAGUUUCCAUUAGGCCAACAUGUUUCCAAUGUUUUCUAUGGAAAUUUCUCAAAGACUCUACUUGUCCAUACACAUUCUG